CAUUUGUGAUGUCUGUCAUUAUUCAUGAACAGAAUUGAAAUAAAAAUUGUGUUGUUUCAUUAAUGUGGCUAAUGCGUUGAUUGAACAAAAGCUAAAACAAUCUUAACUUUUUCGUCAAAGAGUUCUAAAUCUUAAGAAUGUCUCUUAAUACGGCUCACGCCGAUCAUGGAGUGUUAAUUCAUGCCGGAGAGUGCAUCAUCCUCUAUUCUGACAAUGUGAUUGUUGAUUUCUAUGGGAAUGAUACACCUGAAUUCAAGGGUACAAAGAAUGGCCGUAUGUACCUCACAACUCAUCGAAUGAUAUACAAUUCGAAAGUUAACUCCGAUCCAAUCAGAUCCUUCAGUUUCCCAUUUAUUGCUCUACAAGAUGUAACAGUAGAGCAACCAAUGUUUGCAGCAAAUUACAUAAAGGGAAAAGUUCGCGCCCAACCAAACGGUAACUUUAUUGGUGAAGUGAAGUUCAAACUCACCUUCAAGGCAGGAGGCGCUAUAGAGUUCGGUCAAGCUAUGUUGAAAGCAGCUCAUCUUGCUUCUCGACACAACGCGCCAGGCGCGUCGCCGCCGCCGUACACGCCGCCGACCGGCCCGUGGUACGCCGCCCCGCCGCCGGCGUACGCGCCGCCGCCGCAGGGCUACUACGGCUGGGUGCCGCCUUACACAGCUUUCCCGGAUCAGCCGCCACCAAACUCCGUGUUCGUGUCGAACAACCCGCCGCCGUACCCGGGCGUGGCGGGCGCGGCGUACCCGCCCGGCGCGGGCUUCUCCGGCACCGGCGGGCCGCCAUCAGGUGGGGGGUUCGCCGGCGCGCCGCCCGGCUAUCCCGGCAAUCCUAGUGCUCCGCCGCCCGGGUAUCCCGGUGGCUUCGCGGCACCCGGAUAUCCGGGUGGCCCUGGUGGCUUUGCCUCGCCAGGAGCCACGGCCGGCAUGUCUUCGAGGGAUGCUAAAGCUGCCGAGGCGGCCCAAAGCGCGUAUUACGACCCUAACCGACCGCAGACCGCUUAUGUGCCGCCGCCGUACAACGAUCAGCCACCGAGCUAUCAAGAAUCUACGUCAAAGAAAGAAAACUAAUGCACUGCCCCCACUAUCACAUGUCUACUAAAGAUCAAGCUGAAGUCGAUAAAUGCGAAAUAAUGCAUUAAAGGUCUGAUGGCAUUAUUAUAUUCAGCUACACACGUGUAUAGUACACAGUGUGUAUCUUUCUCUGUAACACUAGCAUAAAAAUCGUACUACAUUCCAGCAAUAUAAAUGUGCAGCACGAUUGUUUGGUGCUUUUUCCUACAAAUUGAUAAAUAUAAAUUAUCUAAAUAAUACCUAUAUUAUUAUAGUUGCUGAAGAUGUUAUUAGCAAGUAAUGGUUUGCAAAUAUAAUGUAAAUUUGUACGUAAAUUGUAUAUAGAAAUUAGAGAGACCUGAUAAUAAUCUAUUAUCUUGUUUUGUUUUCUUAUCAUCGUCAAAAUAUUAGCUGACGGAGAAUAUAAUAAUCUUCGAACGUUGUUCCCCAGCCAGUACGUUUUUGGGCUAUUUUAUAACAAUGGCUAAUAGGUAGAAUUUAUUUUAGUCCCCGUAAAAUCCUCUAGCCUGGAUUUCGGAAGAGGGCUGCUAAUAAAUGAUAAUAAUGUUGUAUUGUAGACGAAAAAUAAUAACCCAUUUUAGUUUUGUAUGAAAAUAGAGAAGUGCAACUCUUCCAACGUAUCACAUCAUGGCCUGAUAUAAUUGAGUAAUUUCGGACAGUCAAAAUUACAAUAGCUUUAUUUAACAUUAUGCGAUAAAAUAUGAGUAUUAUAAAUUAUUGUAUUUUAUGUCUACAUUAUCGGGUCGUAAUUUGAAGAUGGGUUUUAACCCCCAACGGAAAAAGAGAGGGGUGUUAAUAAAGUAUUUUGAUUAUGCUUCGCCCAAAAUUAUUAUACUA